AUGACAACGAAUUCUAAACCUGUAAGUUUUACUUGCAUUUUCUCCUUAGCGCAAGAAGCAAAUAUGUGUUGGGUGGGCAAUGGCAAGUUCGUCAUCAACAUGUGUUUAAAAGGAGGAAACCUCCGUGCCGACCUUGAAAAUGCAGGAGCAGAAGAAGAUGAUGUAUUAGGGCAAAUCGAUUGGGAUAAUUUGUUUGAUGGAUUGCCGGAUUCGGAUAACAACAUCUUCGAAUUAGAACCUCCUUUGACCGCAGACUCGCAACCUAUCGACGAUUCUUCGAAACCUUCAUCACCUGUUAAGAUGUCGUCUUGGAUCGGCGAUAUUGAGACCUUGUUGAUGCAAGAUGACGACGAUAAAGUUGAUCAAUUGGAGAACUGCAACGCUUUUUUGGAAGAUAUUUUAGUUGAUUCGCCUUCAGCUCACGAGUCUGGUGGGGAGCUACUUGAUGCUUCAACUGACAAGGAUUUCACUUCUUCCGAUGAUGCUGACGGCGGCCCGAAGGAGAAAGACGAUGGAGCGGAGGAGAAGAACAACAACGAUGAGGAGGAAGAUCCUGAUGAUUCCGUCUCCAAGAAACGGAGAAGGCAAUUGAGAAAUAAGGAUGCAGCACUGAGAUCAAGGGAAAGGAAGAAGAUGUAUGUGAAGGAUCUUGAGAUAAAGAGUAGGUAUUUGGAAGGGGAAUGCAGGAGGCUGGACAGGUUGCUUCAGUGUUUUAUCGCGGAGAACCAUGCUCUACGCCUUAGUUUACAGAGGGGCAAUGCAUUUGGUGUUACUUCGGCCAAGCAGGAGUCUGCUGUGCUCUUAUUGGAAUCCCUGCUGUUGGGUUCCCUGCUUUGGUUCCUGGGCAUCAUGUGCCUAUUCCCCCUGCCUGCAAUGCCCCAGUCAACUCUGGUGAAAGUUCUACUAGAAACCAUGGAAAACAAAGCACCAGAAAACGCAGCUCUAAGAGGAGCAGGAAAUGUAACCAUUUCUUCUCAGAAGUGGGAAGAGAAACCCAGCCGCCGUGCUUUCGGUGAAUUAUUCUUCUUUGGAGAAGCAAGUAAAGGGGCGAUGUCAAAAGAGGUCAAGCCGUGGCCCAUUGCUUGGGGUUCAAGCCGCUUAAUGGGCCUACAAAGUAAAGUCCUACCCUACUUUUCUUAUCGUUCUCUUUUGGAAGGAAGAAUAAAAGAUAAGAACGGAAAAUUUAAAAGAGGAGUUGAGUGUUAG